UGAGUACGUCGGCGCAUGACCGAGCAUCCGUCAGCUAGCCCGGCAGCCAGUGCCAUCACACAGUACCUCCGUCGCUGUCAACGCAGGCACACGCUUCCCAGCCCAAACGAGAUCCCCUCUAACAGACUAACAAGCAAUAAUGACCGACACCACCCCUAAGCCUAAAUCCAGGGCCCGCGAAAAUAAUUGAGCGAAUACACACGGGUUAUGGAUCAAAAUAAUAAUUCCAAAAAUAAAUAUACAGUGUGAUCAUUUUGGGUUUGGGUGGCGGAACAUUAUUUGAUAGUGAUUUGUCAGGUUUGAGUAAAGAAAAAUUUAUAAAAAUGAGACAAGACAGCGAUGAUACCGCCCUCGCAGAACGCGUCCGGGCGUUCAAGAGUGACCCGGAAAAGGUGCGCGAAGCAACAGAAUUUGUUGAUCAACUCAUUCAACAAGCGAAGAAAGAGGCAGAGCUUAAACAAAAAGAGAAAGACAGAAGUAAAUUCGACGCACAAGAUCAAGGCAGUGGUAAGUAAACAAUAUUUUAUUAAUAAACCAUCCAAUACUGACCAGCAAUAAAGUCUAAUCAUAGUGC